CAGUUGUCCUGCACGGGGUUCUUCCAGGCAACUCCAAAUAGGCAUUGCCAAUGGAUGAACUGGUGCAUGACUUGGCCUCAGCCUUAGAGCAGACUUCAGAGCAAAACAAGCUGGAUGAGCUAUGGGAAGAGAUGGCCCUAAGCCCACGACAGCAGCGGCGUCAGCUUCGCAAGAGACGGGGUCGUAAACGACGCUCAGACUUUGCGCAUCAGGCAGAGCAUGCUUGCUGCUACAGCGAGGCCUCAGAGUCAAGUUUGGACGAAGCUGUCAAGGAUUGCCGUGAGGUGCUGACAGCCAAUUUCAGUGACUCUGAUGACAUGGCAGUGGUCAAACGACACCCAGCUCUCAGUGCCACCCUGAGGAGCAAGCAGCACUCGUGGCAUGAGUCAGACUCCUUUACAGAGAACGCGCCCUGUCGACCUCUCAGGCGCCGACGGAAAGUCAAACGUGUGACAUCAGAGGUGGCUGCCAGUCUCCAGCAAAAGCUCAGGGUGUCAGAGUGGAACUACGAGAGGGGCUGCAGGUUCAAGUCAGCCAAGAAACAGCGUCUUUCACGCUGGAAGGAAAAUGCCCCUUGGGCAUCCCCCAGUCAUGGCCUUUGUGAAUCAGGAGAGAACAGGCCCUUCCUCAGCAAAGGGGGAAGGAAGGAGCGGAUGGAGUGUGAAGCUGAUGAACAGAAACAGGGCUCAGAUGAAAACAUGUCGGAAUGUGAAACCAGCAGUGUAUGCAGCAGCAGUGAUGCUGGCCUGUUUACCAAUGAUGAGGGCCGCCAAGGAGAUGAUGAGCAAAGUGAUUGGUUUUAUGAAGGAGAAUGUGUUCCAGGAUUCACUGUCCCCAACCUUCUUCCCAAGUGGGGAGCUGACCACCGAUCUGAAGUGGAGCGGAUUGACUCAGGCCUGGACAAGCUCUCAGAUUCCACAUUCCUUUUGCCCUCACGGCCAGCUCAGAGAGGAUUUCAUGCUCGCCUGAAUCGCCUUCCAGGAGCUGCUGCCCGUUGUCUCCGAAAAGGUCGGAGGAGGCUUGUUGGCAAGGAGACCUCCAUGAGCACUCUGGGCACCGAGAGGCUAGGUCAUAUUGUUAGUGAUCCGCGCCAGAAAGAAAAGAACAAAGUGCCGGCUUGUGAUUUCCCACACAGUGUGGCCUGUGCACAUGAGUUCAAUCCAUUAUCUCCUCUGUACUCUCUGGAUGUGCUUGCUGAUGCUUCCCACCGAAGAUGCUCACCAGCACACUGCACUGCCAGGCAAGCAAAUGUACACCUGGGACCACCAUGUUCAAGGGACAUCAAGAGGAAACGAAAGCCAGCUGCAGCCUCCAUGUCCAGCCCAACAUCAGCAACUUUAUCUGUCCACAUGGAUGCAGCAGAGUCAGAGCUACCAGCAACACCAUCCCUGAGAUCCCAGAACUCUGAGUGGACAGGGAAAACACCAGCAGCUGAGAAAGCCACUAUUGCAGCCUCCAGUAACUUUUUUAAAAUGCCACCAGAGAAGAGCCCUGGAUACAGCUAAAAGGAAGCAUUGCAACUGUAAAAGCUUGCUAGAUUUCGGAAGUGUUUGACUCUGGUGUGUGUCUUCACCAAACGUCUUGUUCAGCAGUAGUGAUAUCUUCAGUAUUGGUGCGUGAUGAGUGCCAUCAUCCAGACUGAUCUGCUUGCCCCACAUACCUAAAUCAUGUUUAUGAAUCUAUGUUUAAAAAAAGGUAAUCAGUGUUGGGACCGCAGUGGCUUUUAAAAAUGUUCUUGCUAUUGCUGUAUUUAUUAUGCAUUCAUCUCUUUCCCUGAUGCCAGCUCACAUGUGCUGGGUCAUGUACAGAUUCUUUUGGGUUUUCAGAUCUUUAUUCACACCCUGGACAUGUGGCUUGUUUGUGCAUUUGGCGUUUUUUGGGUGAAAGUCCCACUGCCGCUCAGGGGCAGUCUCCCCCUGCUUUCUUCCAGGCCAGGAGGAUUUCUUGGCUGGGGAAUGAGGAGGGAAUGCAAACAAGUUGAAACAUGGAACCUGAAUUCUGUAUUAGCAGAAUGUUUUCAGGCCAUGUGCUAACGGACUCGAAUCAUGUUGCUUCUAGCAAAGCAAAUACGGUGCUUGUCCAUUCAGAAAUUGCCAUUGGCUCACUGGCAGCAUGGUCCAUUAGACCUUUUCCUUUUCCCCUGUUCUGAGUGUCUUUAGUCUUGCUUGUGUAUUGCAUGUUCUUUCCUAAAUCUCCUACUGGCUAAGGAUUUGGGAGAACUACUUGGACAUAAAUGUGCAAGCUGGUGUUCUGGAGGGGAAC